AUGGGGUCUAACAGAACCUGGUUCAUCAUCUGGGUGAUGUUCUAUGCAUUUUUAUUGCAAUUUGUUGAUGGCACUGUUAGCUCUUACCGCAAAAAUUUGGAUAAUUUUCUUCAUGAUCAAGCAAUCAAGUCAUUAGCAAAGCCUCAUACAGGUAUACUAUACAAUAUUUCUCUCCCUGCUAAUUUUUCUGGCAUGGAAAUUUCAAUUGUUAGACUCAAAAGUGCAAGUUUCUGGGCAAGAGGAGCCAAUUUUAGUUUCUUUCACAUCCCACCAAGAAUAAUCCCAAUGCCUUUUGUAAAAAGACUUGAUCUAGUCUAUCAAAAUCUAGGAAACUGGUCAUCUCAGUACUAUACUCUGCCAAAUUAUACUCUAAUCACUCCUGUUAUUGGCUUUAUGGCCUUCAGUUCAAAUACAAGCACAAGAGGCAAUGAAAUGCUUAAUCUAAGUAUCAUGGGGGAGCCCAUUUUGGUUCAUUUUCCUCAGGUUUUUCCACUGCAAAAAAUUAGAAAUUUGACAAUGAAAUGUGUCAGAUUUGGGUCAAAUGGGUUGGUUGAAUUAAGCAAUGUGACCAAGCCAAGCUCUUGUAUUGCUAGGGGUCAAGGUCAUUUCACUAUUGUGACUCCAUUUUCAUUGAAGAAGAAAGAGAGGUUAUUGAAAGGGUGGAUUAUAGGGUUUGGGGUAGGAGUUUUUGGAUUGGCGUUGGUAGGUUUGGCUUGGGUUUUGAUACACAGACAGGCUAGGAAGAAGAGAUUGGGGCAAAUGGAGAGAGAAUCUGAAAAAAGUGAGGCUUUGGGAACUAUUUGGGUUGGAAGGAGUAGAAUGCCAGCUGCUACAGGGAUGAGGACACAACCAGUCCUUGAGAAUGAUUAUGUUCCUUGA